GGAAAUGAUGAAAAAAUAUAAUAGAAGCUGAGCGUUUUCUCGUGAAGAAGAAGCGCCAGGAGCGUUGCUCUCUGUGACCCUCACAAUUCACAUUCACCACCACCCAUCUCUCUCUCUCUCUCUCUCUCUCCCCAUGAAAAUCAGAUAUACACACCCAUUUCUGUCUCCAUAAAAUGCUCAAAAACCCAUCUCACAGAAUCAUCAGAAAAUUAUUUCGAUUUGUUUAUAUCUGUAGAGAAAAGGAAAAGUGUUUAUCCAAAUGGGGUCUGAGUCAGAGCCAGUGAAAGAGCCAAGCACAGCUUUCAAGCUCUCUCUGUUCUCACUUCCAACCAAACCAUUAGAGCCUUCUGGGACACUUACGCCACCACUCCGAACCAGAGCCUCUAUUCCUUUUCAAUGGGAGGAAGCACCAGGCAAGCCUAGGCACCACUGCAGCACUAUUGAAUCAAAACCCAGUUGUGCAAGAACCUUGGAACUUCCUCCGAGGUUGCUAAAAGAGGCUAAGGUUAUCGAUUUCCCUUUUCCAACCACUGCCUUGGAUAGUAAUGGACCUGAAGUGGGUCGUUCUCUGUCUUUCACUUUUUCGUUUAGGAACACAUCAGAGAGUAAUUGGGGCAAAAGGGUGUCCAAAGAUGGAGCUGGUUAUUUAGGAUCUAGAAGAUGGGGGAGUUUCAGGAAGACCAAAGAAGCUAUUGCACCACGCUUUGAGAUUUCUUCUUCUUGUAGUACUGGUUUUGAGAAAACUGUGAUUGGCAGUGGAGUUGGUGGUUGUGAUAAUGCAAAGGUGAAGAUCACAAGAAUUAGAAGGAGAGGAAGCUUGUUGAGUCUCUCUAAUACAAAGUCACACUUAUUGACAAGCAUUUAUGAAAGCUUUAAGCAGGUGGUCCCGUGGAGACGCAGGCAAGAAAAACUCAGAAAGACGGGCUCAUGAUUUUCAUUAUUGCCCUGGUGGUCGAUCGGCUUGAUCGGGCUGUAGCUUUAUGUAUAAAUGAUGCUUUACUUUCCAUUAUUCAAUCUUGUAUAGCGACAAAAUUAUUCCAAUAAAUUAUAUAAUAAGCUCUGCUUUUGCAUUCUAAAUUAUAUUACGAAAA